AUUCCUGAUACACUGAUGGGACGCUGACGGUGGUGGGCGGGCGCAGCUAAGAAAAUUAUAAGGUCAUUUGAAUUACGCUUGCUAGCGAGGUUAUCGGCUACAAUGAACCCAGAAAUGAUAUCAGCGAUUGUGACAAUGAACGGACGAUGAUCUCGGGGUCAAAGUCGACGCGCACAGCCAGGCGAAUUUGACUCCCGACCCUACCGGAGGAGAGGAGCAGCAGCAGCGGCGGCGAAGGCGGCAGCAGCUCGUUGUGGUAUUAACAACAGGAGGGGAUCCCGGUGCGUGUGCCUGUCGUUGUGUUGGUUUCUGUGAGCCUCUGUCAAGCCCAAGCCGAGCGGCGGUGAGGAGCGGAGGGGGGGCGACCAGGCUAACCUGUAAGCCGAUCAAGGUGGAAUCGCACACAACGAGUUUCACGUCAGGGAUUUCGGCGCACCUACAUGCUGUAACGGUGUGAACGAAGUGCAAGGAUGAUGCGUCUAGCGUGCUGCACAGCCCUGCUGUUUGUGUUGAGGCUGCUGGUGGGCUUACCUUGGUACCAGGUUCUCCCAGCCAUCUCAAUCUUCUACCUGGGAAGUGGAGGAUGGAGCUUCCUGCAGAUUUUUGCCAAAACAGUUGGCAGAGACUUACAUGCUGCUGGUGUGUUGUUGCGGGUGAAGAUGAAUGUCAGACGCCACCUCAGAGAGAAGAACACAAUUCCCAAGAUCUUUGCUGAAACAGUGCAGCGACAUGGAGACAAAACGGCGCUCAUCUUUGAGGGGACUGGGGAGAGGUGGACCUUCCGACAAUUGGACGAGUACUCCAACAAGGUGGCUAACCUGCUGCUGGAACGAGGUUUCAGGGAGGGCGAUGUGAUUGCCCUUUUCAUGGAGAACAGGUCCCAGUACGUGGGCCUCUGGCUGGGCAUGGCCAAGAUCGGAGUAGAGGCCGCUCUCAUCAACUUCAAUUUGAGACUAGAGGCUUUGGUCCACUGUGUCACCAUCUCCAAUGCCAAGGCUGUGGUGUUUGGCUCAGAGCUGACUGAUGCCGUUUCCGAGGUCCACAGUUCAAUGGGGAAGGCAGUGCAGAUGUUCUGCUCUGGAGACUGGGACCCCACACGAGUCCCACAGGGAACCGAGUGCCUAGAGCCCCUGCUAGCUGGCGCCCCGUCUCACCUGCCCAACAGGCCGCAACGCUGCUUCACAGAUCGCCUAUUCUACAUCUACACGUCAGGAACCACUGGGAUGCCUAAAGCUGCUAUUGUUGUGCACAGCAGGUAUUACCGCAUGGCAGCUUUAGUAUAUUAUGGCUUUAGGAUGACAUCAGACGAUGUGCUGUAUGAUUGCCUUCCACUCUACCACUCUGCAGGAAACAUUGUGGGAGUGGGCCAGUGUAUAAUACAUGGCAUGACUGUAGUCAUCAGAAAGAAGUUCUCUGCCUCGCGUUUCUGGGACGACUGUGUCAAAUACAACUGCACUAUUGUGCAGUACAUUGGUGAGAUCUGCCGAUACCUGCUGAACCAGCCAGUUCGGGACACGGAGCGGCAACAUCGGGUGCGCAUGGCACUGGGCAACGGCCUUCGCCAGUCCAUAUGGGAGGAGUUCAUGAACCGCUUCAAUAUCCCGCAGAUUGCAGAGUUCUACGGAGCCACAGAGUGCAACUGCAGCCUGGGCAACUUCGAUAACAAGAUUGGAGCGUGUGGCUUCAACAGUCAGAUUCUACCCUUCAUCUACCCUAUCAGACUGGUGAGGGUUGAUGAGGAGACCAUGGAGCUCAUCAGGGGACCUGAUGGUGUCUGCAUUCCCUGUAAACCUGGCGAGCCCGGCCAGCUAGUAGGCAGGAUCAUUCAGAAUGACCCUCUUAGGAGAUUUGAUGGCUACGUCAACCAAACCGCAACCAGCAAGAAGAUUGCUCACAGUGUCUUCAAGAAAGGAGACAGUGCCUAUCUCUCUGGUGAUGUGUUGAUCAUGGACAAGUGCGGCCACAUGUACUUCAAGGACCGAACAGGAGACACUUUCCGCUGGAAAGGAGAGAACGUCUCAACAACCGAGGUGGAGGGAACACUCAGCAGGCUGCUAGACAUGAAAGAUGUAGUUGUGUAUGGAGUGGAAGUACCAGGAGCUGAGGGGAAGGCUGGAAUGGCAGCCAUCGCUGAUCCGUCUCACUCCACUGACCUGGAGAAGUUUGUGAAGGACAUGGACAAGGCUCUCCCUCCGUACGCCAGACCUGUAUUCCUUCGCUUCCUGCCAGAGGUCAACAAGACAGGAACAUUUAAGUUUCAGAAGACGGAGUUGCGUAGAGAUGGCUUUGACCCCAGCGCGGUGUCAGACAGACUCUACUUCCUGGAUUCCAGCAGAGGGCGCUAUGUGCAGCUGGACGAGGAGCUUUACCGCUCCAUUCUGUCAGGGAAACACAAAUUGUGAUGACAAGGCUGACCACUACAUUUAUAUACGUACACAUAGAUACAUGCACACACACACACAUACAGAUACGGUAAAGGAGACAAUAUUUUGUGAGCAGGACAGCAGAAUGCAGAACCCCAUAUACACACAAAGUAAUAGCCAUACACAUUCCCAGAGUCAAAUGCCAACACAUUUACAUGCACACACACACACAGACACACACACACACACACAAUGUAUUCCCAAACCCACUUUGCUUUUUGAUCCCUAAAAACAGACUUAUGCACGCCACACACACACACACACACACACACACACACACAGCACCACUCCAUCCAUCCCUCCUGAAAUCUCCCCGGCAACUCCUCUCGCUACCUCAGCAAAACACAGAGAGAGGCACAAAACUCCAGUAACCAGGUCUGUUUGGUAACUUGAAAACCACUCUUCAUAGCCACACAAUCCCAGUGCACACAGCCCUCAAACAGCCCCCGCCUGUUCAUCAUGGUCCAUCAAACCAGAUGUUUUGCUGGGGGACACCACUCGAGGAGGAGGAGGAGGAGGAGGUGGUGGUGGUGGUGGUGGUGGUGGUGGUGGGGUGGGUGGGUGAGGAGUACAGGCUGCCUGGCAUCCAAAAUGCAAAAACUUGAAACUACAGAUAACCACAAACUUGAUGGAUGAUAAAGAGGAACGUGGAUUUAGUACAUCUAGUGUGCAGUUUCGCAGAGGGACCCACAAGGACCUAAACUGUCUCUCUGAUUGUCAUUAUGUUAGCGAGAUUGUUUUGUGAAAGACUGGAGCCUCUACCGUUGACCUCACCUGCACAAUUAGCCAGCAGUGACAAACCUGUGUGACAGCUACACGUUUCCUCUAUCUGAAGUUAAUUCUAUCAAAGUCUUUCCUUGAACUCUCUGGUCUCCUUGUCUUCAUUUCUAUGCGAAGAAAAUGAGGAAAGGACGCCAGGGGUUUUAUUUUUUAAAGGGAACAUAGAUGUGAAGGAUUUUUGGAAAGCCUUUGACAUGUAAAAGGUUACAAAAGUAAGAACAGACCAGUGGUUGAGGCCGAAAGUUUUACUAAAGUGCAAUAGGGCUCCAGCGUUCACAGUGCAAUAAUCAGCUGCACCACACAAGAGCUGAUAUAAAACAAAGCUUUGUAUUUAAAUAUGUCUGCAUUACACCAAAUAUAUUUAAGUUGUAGUGUUUGUUUACAUAUUUAAGAAAAUAUGGACGUUUUAGUAAUUUAUGUUGUUGUAAAAGCUUUCUCUUUUGUUGUAGUGCAAAUUUUAUCAUUUUUUCUGCUUUAUGUGUAUCCAAAUCUGUGCUUUGGUAGCUCUUUGAGUUCUCGUAAGCUGCAGUGUGUAUUUUAUAUCAGCUGCUGGAACACAAAGCAAAGUGAUCUGACUGAUUCAACCCUGGGCUAAAUACACAGGGCUAUUUCCACAUACAGCACCGUUCUGUUCCCUCACUGAGCUGACGUGCAGUAUGGUCGCGCGGCUGUAUUGUGCAGGUUUUGUCGCAAAAGGUAGACUUUGCCUAUCGUAGGGCGCGUGUACAUUCUUCUGAAACAUAUGAAGAGGACUUGACUGAAGGGAAAGAAGCACUGAAUCACCUCAUCAGCGAGGACUCGUGUUUUUUGGAUGAUAUUCUGGUGCUAAAGAGAGGGACAUCGUGCCAGAUUGAGGAGAGCCGAACGAUCCAAAGAUUCAAAGGCGGGGGAGGAGGGAGGGAGUAGAGACAUUGUGACGGAGGGGAUGCAUUGAAAUAGAGCGGUAGAAGAAUAGAAAAUGUGCUUUGUCAUCAAGGUCUUGUCAGGUGUUUGCAAUAGCUGUCAUCGGAGGUUGUAGCAACAUGAAUGAGCAUCUUCAACCACAAGCAGAGCACUGUGCCUUACUGUGAGUUCACCUCCCAGAUUCACAGGCCCUGGCCCACACAUAGCAUCUCAUAUGGAUCCCUGUGUUGGACUUUUACCUUUGCGCUUCUCAUUCAGCUUCUCUCUACCAUGACCUCAUUUGUCUGUGUCCAGGUUCCCUGUCACAGUGGCCUCGCAAAGCUCACCCAAAUCUUGGGAGCUCAGAUUUUACUGUGAAAACCAUCUCAUAAAAAGCAAGAGGGGACUGACACCUUCAUCCUGCCAGGUGCAGGACGAGAUUGUGUUGAUGUCUCACCAGGCAAAUGUUGCGAGGCUGCUGUCACAGCAUUUUCACGGAUUCUAUCCUUUGUGCUUCCUUUCCCUCGGAUCUCUCAGUCCUAACUGUAACCUUAAUUUGUCUUCUAGCUGUCUUUGUUUCUUGGGUUGUCUUAUAGAUAUCAUUCACCCAAGUUUCCAUUUGCUCAGCACCUUUAUUUUAAGCCUUUAUUGUCUUUCUGCCAACCACCCCCAAUCCUUUCCAUUAAACCAUCUCUUCCCUCUCUCCUCUGUCCUCUCUCUUUCUGACCAUGGCCCUCCAUCCCUUCGAGCAGGCACCUCUGUUUGACCCUGGCUGUCUCUGUCAGGCACCGAGGCUCAUCCUCUGCCACGUCUGCUUCAUCUUGCUGCGCUCAUGUUGAUUCAGACAGUGGUAAAAACAGUAGUUGAAUAGAUUUCAAAUAUUUCCCUAAUCUGAGUUCUUUUAAAUGUUUGAUUUGAUUUGAUGUAUUGGAAGGAUUUUUCUUUUGACACCUUUUGAGAUUGUUCAGGAGGUUUGGUAACAUAAAGCUCCAACUACACACCCAAAAACUCUUUUCAAGUAUCUUUUGUGAUCUGUGUUUUGUGUAGUCUGCCAUUACCCUGUGAUUUUUUUCCCCCUAUGCAACUCACCACAUCCUAAGUCACCUACACUUCAGCCAGGCAGGUUGUUGCCAACAUUUGAGGACUGGCUGUAAUGUAGAGGACUUAACUUUAUUCAUAAGUUUUACUGUUGCAAUGCUUAGGCUACUUGGUUGUCUGCAGACUGUUUCUCAGUGUGUGUCAACGGCUUGCAUUAGUUUGUACUUCGCCCUGACUGACGACUGACUAACAGUUGACUUUGACAGCUGCAGUCUCCUGACAGCAUCCGUCAAAGCCACUCUCACCCAUCAUUCCCCUGUUUUGGGAGAAAAAAAAGGACCAACGAAGCCGUUUGACAGAAAUUGAGAUUCAUCCCUGCUUCCUCUUGUAGUCUUAGUUCAAAGAGUCUGUCUCUCUCAUGUGUAUUUGUUCUUUAAUGAUGGGUGUGAAAUGUUCUCAUGAAUGUCUGAAAAGUAAAUGAGUGACCAAUGAUGAUGAUGAUGAUGAUGAUUUUGUAAAGUAAAAGUAAGAUUUACGUAUCUAAGGGAACACCGUUUGGCUGUUAUGAUGCUUCUGUGAGGGUUGCACUUGUCAACCCUGACCACCAGGGGGCGCGUGACUAAACAGCCCCAUUGCAGAGCACUCUGAAUGAGAUGUUUCCAUUUUCACUUUUUUUUAUGAGUUUAAAUUAUUAUUUUUGAAAAACUGUUAAUUAUACUUUGAUUGUUUCACUGCUAUAUAUGUUUACUCUUGUUUUCUUUGCGUGAAAUUAUAGCUUUGUGCUUUUGGUAUAAAAAAGGGGAUUCAUGCUUGAGUGGAAGACAAUCAAAUGACAGUUGAUGUUUUUUGUUUGUUUGUUUGUGUUUAUCUUUGGCACAAGGAACAAGCCAGGGAUCUGUCUUUCCAGAUUAAAUUGGCUAUAAAUGUUGACCAGGAGCCUGUUUGCCAUUUCCAAAACAGGUCAAUGCACAGAACAGCCCAAGGCAUGCAGGGAGUAAGGGGUCUGUUGGACAGGGUGUACUGAGGUUUUAGAUCACAUUUUUGACCAGACGAGGGCGCUGUUUCUUCACCCAUACUUAAUACUCAGAGAAGAGUCAGAGAGAGGUGUGCAUAAAUGUCCAUCGAUUACUAAUUAAAGGACCUAUAGCUUCAACUACUGUAGACAGAAAUGUAUUGGUUUAAAUGGAACUUUAAAUAUCUCUCAAAAUUUGGAUUUUUUUCCCCCAGUUGUACACCAAAUUUCUAACAGAUUUGUUGUUCUGUGGAUAUUAUCGGUUAAAAUCACAGUAAAGGUUGUCUUUCAUGUUUUUGCUUCUAAGGCUUGUUAAACAAAUUCCCAUUUCCCAGGUUCUCUGCACAUUUAUUACAGAAUAAGCCAAUUUAACGCUUGCCCCAAUACACUGAGCAUACUAAAUUUAGUCUGUGGUGAGUAAAUUGAUGUGUAAGUUUGUUAACUUGAGCUCCAAAGUGAACAAUUUUGUGAGAAAGCCUUACUGCCUUCCCAGCUCAUACUGAGAUCGGUCAAAAUAACCACACUGAGUGUAAAUCACCUGAGAAAAUAUGACUCCUGACUUAAAAACAAGUUAUGUCUGAAGGCACAGUGAAGUUCCCAAUCAUGUGAGGUUCAGUACACACCAGGCAGGCCACAGAUGACAAACCCUGACUGAAGACUUGUGUGUUUAUGUUUGUGUUUGUCUCGCUGUCUCUCAUGCCGCUGAUCAACAUUUCUCACCUUGCUUUUUGCACUUUCUGUCUGUCUUUUUCUCCCUGUCGUGGUCCUCAGGAACAUCAAACAGUGCUAGAGAAGGAAACAAGUUUGUACAUGUCUGCCUAUGUGUGUGUGAAAGUUUUUUUUUGUUUUUUUUUUUUUUUAAGUAUUUUACUGUCUCCUUGCACAGGCUGCAGCUCUCAGCUUGUGUGGAGUGUGUAGGGGGAGGUCUGUGAGGUGUGCUGUGUGUGUGAGACACACACACUGAUGUCCUCUUGUCCACUGAAGGCUAGCUGUACACAACAUGCAUUUCAAGAAAAUGAGAUAAAAGCAGUGCUGCAAAUGGAAAAUCAUUAUUAAUAAAAACUAUUUAAAUUGUUCA